AUCUCACUGGUUUGGAUGGCCCUGAGCCCUAAGAUCUCGGGCUUCUAGAUGCGGUGAGAGAGCCGCUGUCUUCUUUUCUUUUCUUUUCCUCUUUUCCUCAUGUUUUCCCUCUUUAUCUCUCCUUUCUCCCUUAUAUCGUCUGGUCGUAUUCCGCCUUGCCAUUUUCACCCCGUUGACUCUUCUCUCGCGACUGCAACGGCAGCUGCAUCAUGGCUUCUCCAGCAUCCGACGAGAAGACGCCUUCUACGACAGACAACCCUGCCGCAGUCAACACCACAUCCAAUCUGGACCCCGAGAAGCAAACCGUCACCCAGGUUGAGGAUGGCAAUGGUGGACCCGCACCAGCCUACUUUCUCGUGACCCCGGAAAUGGAGAGGAGAGUGGUGCGCAAGUUGGACAUGAGGCUCGUCCCUCUGGUUAUGGGUCUCUAUCUCCUGGCGUACCUCGACCGUUCGAACAUUGGAAAUGCCAAGAUUGCAGGAAUGGAAAAAGACCUCCAUCUCUCCUCCCCCAACUACCAGUGGCUCCUGACCAUCUUCUACAUCUCCUACAUCGUCUUCGAAUGGUUUGCCCUGAUGUGGAAGGUCAUCCCACCACACAUGUGGGCCGCCUUCUGCGUCGUCGGCUGGGGCAUCGUAGCUACCUGCCAGGCCGCUACCUUCUCCUUCUCCGAGAUGAUGUGCGCGCGCUUCUUCCUGGGCUUCUUCGAAGCCGGCUACGGUCCAGGAAUCCCAUAUCUGCUGAGCUUCUUCUACCUGCGGCAUGAGAUUGGUGUCAGGAUUGGCGUAUUCCUGUCGGCGGCCCCGCUGGCGACGUGCUUUGCUGGCGCGCUAGCCUACGGAAUUACCAGUGGAAAUGAUGCCCACCGGAUCCAUAAUUGGAGACUGCUCUUCCUGGUGGAAGGGUUGCCGUGUAUCGUCGUUGGGGUCGCUACGUAUUUCCUGCUGCCAGACAGCCCCGAGAAGGCAAGAUUCUUGAAUGAGGAAGACAAGCGCGUUGCCCGAGCUCGGGGCGUGCGACAGGUGGGAGACGAAGAAGCCCACCGCCUGGGGAGUGUUAGUUUUAAAGAUAUCGGCAUGGCGCUGCUCGAUCUGAAGAACUACUUCACCGCCCUGAUGUACUUCUCCUGCAACGUCUCCUUCUCCUCCCUCCCCGUCUUCCUCCCUACCAUCCUCUCCCAGAUGGGCUUCACCCCCAUCCAAGCCCAAGGCCUCUCCGCCCCACCCUACUUCCUCGCCUUCCUCCUCACCAUCGCCACGACCUACAUCGCCGACCGCACCCAACAACGCGGCCUCAUGAUCUUCUUCCUCUCCCUCACCGGCGCCCUCGGCUACAUCCUCCUCGCCGCCACCGAGAAGACCGGGCCGCGCUACACCGGCGUCUUCUUCGCCGCCGCCGGCAUCUUCCCCUGCAUCGGCAACAUCCUCCCCUGGGUGCUGAACAACCAAGGCUCCGACACGAAGCGCGGCACCGGCAUCGCUCUCCUCAACCUCAUCGGCCAGUGCGGUCCCCUGCUCGGCACCCGCGUCUAUCCGCAGAAGGACAGCCCCUACUACAAGCUCGGCAUGUGGGUCUGCGCGGGCUUCAUGCUAUUCAACGCCUUGCUAGCUAUCGGUCUGCGCACCCUGCUUGUGUGGGAGAAUCGCGUCCUGGAUCGGAAGUACGGCGUUGUGGCGCGUGCGGAUGGGAACGGUAAGGUGGAGGAUGACAUUAAGGGCGAGCCGGGCGUCGGCGUUGAGAAUGAUGGGCCGAGAUUUAGGUAUGUUCUGUAG